AUGGAACAGGCCUUGGAGCUCUAUCGACAGGGUAUCACGUUGAUACUUGACCUCCGUGUACAAAUCGGACAUGGGGCAGUAUCUAUCAGUAAGGGUGUUCUGUUGGAGCGCAGCAUUGUUCCCUUAUUCCUACGACUCGGCACAAGUUCCCUGACCAUUUCGGGGACUCAGUUCCCUAUUGAACUUUUUGCCUUUAUAGAAACAGACAUGAGCGCUGGUUUCGCAUCUGUCGAUUCUGCAAGAUCGAUUAUGUCCGUCCUAGCUGCGGAAGUUAUCCUCUUUGAGCGCGAGGCGAACUUACACCUCAGGGAGGUUGGUGCCGAAGCCGCCGUAAGCCCAGAAAUGGUCGCGAAAAAAGAAGCGCUCCGAGUCCGUCUCAUUGAAUGGCAUCGAGCAUACACCAACCUUUGCCAAAGAAACAGAUCCAGACCUACUCUCCCGAUAUAUCCAGAGCCUAUCCUGCUUACAUAUCAUGCUACUGCUUUGAUUUGUGUCACGGGAUGCUUGAAGCAACAAGAAACCGUUUUUGACGCCCAUUUUGCAGACUUUGCUACUAUCGUCGCUCAGUCUAGGUUAAUUCUUGAUGCUUCAGCAUGUCCAAAUGGUGUCCAACCUCCGUUCACCUUUGAGAUGAGUGUGGGUGUCCCUCUCGCCAUGACUGUGUUAAGGUGUCGUGACCCAAUCUUGCGGCGAAGGGCUUUAGACCUACUACGGCUAGCGCCUCCGAUACAAGGAUUUUUCAAAUGCGCCCCCGUGGCUCUUUUGUCAGAAACGCUUAUGAAGCUGGAAGAGUGCUAUAGCCUUACUAUGAGGGAGAACACAGCGGCACUUUCUCAAAACGGCGAAGCAAUUACAUCACAAGCAGCACUCAUCCCUGAAGAGGCUCGUAUCCAUGACUAUGGUAUCUUCAGACCGAACGAGUGGCAACCUCCGUGGAUCACCGAUGAAGAUCUCGCACCGUUUUCACUUAGCUCAAACCAACUGUAUUUGGGAUUUUCAAGAAAUCAAUACAACAAGGAAAGCGGGACGUGGCGCCCGAUUUAUCAAUGCAUGCCGUUAGACGCCAAUUUUUGA